CUCCAAAUUGUGUAGUGAGGUACAAAAUCGAACUUAUGAUGCAUUCCAUAGCGACAUUCAUUACCUAUGCCACCUAACCUUGGGUUGUAUAAUUGCGCCUCCCCCCCCCAAUCUGUGUUUCACAAAAGUCCCUUUUUAUAGCAAAUGGCCCAAGACGACAACGAACCACCCAAAGUGCGUGGCCCCCCGCCGGGAGCUACAGCACCUCCGGCUCAUGUCAAAAAACCCCAGAUCUACGAAAUAUUUCCCGGUGCAAAGCCCGAAGGCCAAGGAGAUAAACCUGCCAGCGAUCAGGAGCGUGUGCCGCAGCCUACCUUAACAGAGGGGUUACAGUCCAUAAAAGCCGAUGACUUCUUCGGCGUUCACAAAAUGCCAUGCGCGCGUCAAGGUCUUAUGACUGGCAUUGGAGCUGGUGCAGUCACUGGCAUGGUUCGAUAUGUCGUGGGAGGGCGAAUACCUAGAGCAACAAAUUGGGCGUUUGGCGCAUUCUUCCUAGGCUCCAUACUCCAAUGGGAAUAUUGCCGAGCACAGCGUAACAAUGAGCGCGCAGCCAUGGCGCGCGUAGUUGAGAUUAUCGACAAGAAACAGGCCGAAAAGAAGGCACAGGCUACCGAAGCAGCAAGGUUAAGAAAAGAGGCAGCAGAAGAGAGGGCAAGACAAGAAGAUGCUGCUACAAAGAAAAGUUGGUAUAAAUUAUGGUGAACUCCGUCCCAAUUAUGAGUGAUGGGGAGGGCCAUAGUUGCUACUGCUGUAUAAUAAAAGAAUCUCUAGGGGUAUGUUGUCCUACCCGUGUGUCCAAUAUCCCAUUCCUUACUCCUUGUAACCAUUGACGCCUUAUACAGCAUUGAUCUCUGCAAUGUUUGAUCUCUAGCAGUAGCAUAC